AGCUGCCAGUAAAGAGGGGCGGGGGCGCCGGAGUGGGGCGCCCUGCUGCUGCGGGUAGGACGGCUGCGGGUAACGUGACUGAGGGGCUCGCGGCUUUAUAAGCCUUUCGAGCGGCCGCCGUGGCGUGCGCGAAAGAGGAGGAGGAGGAUUAACGCCAGCGAGGUCCUGUGGCGGACUGAGGGAGCCCGAGCAGAAAUCUAAUGGAGACGCCUCUGCCCAGACUGGACAAUCACACCUGGAGUUGUUCCUGUACUGCCAGAGGAAGGCACAAAAGCCCCUUAGGUAGAACUGCAACGGGGUUGGCAGCCAAAGUGGGCGAAAUGUUGACCAGCUCUGUCUCAAGUUCUCCCCUUACAUUAGUGGGUCAUGGAGCCCGGAACCUGAGCAGCUCGAAUCUUGGCAGUAGCACCAAGAGCAAUUUGAACUUGAGCAGGGACGUAUUGCAACGGAGUCUGGUACUCUUCGUUGUGGGCACUUUUCUCGCACUGGUGCUGAACUUGUUGCAGAUCCAGAGGAAUGUGACGCUGUUCCCUGAGGAGGUCAUAUCUACAAUCUUCUCCUCUGCUUGGUGGGUGCCCCCGUGCUGUGGGACAGCAGCAGCUGUUAUUGGCCUGCUGUAUCCCUGCAUUGACAGCCAUCUUGGGGAACCUCACAAAUUCAAGCGAGAAUGGGCCAGUGUAAUGCGAUGUAUAGCUGUCUUUGUAGGCAUUAACCAUGCAAGUGCUAAAUUGGAUUUUGCAAACAAUAUCCAGCUCUCUUUGACACUGGCAGCUUUGUCACUGGGCCUCUGGUGGACAUUUGAUCGUUCGAGAAGUGGCCUCGGUCUCGGAAUUACAAUAGCUUUUGUAGCUACUCUGAUUACACAGUUUCUUGUCUAUAAUGGUGUUUAUCAGUAUACAUCCCCAGAUUUCCUCUACAUCCGAUCCUGGCUGCCGUGUAUAUUUUUCUCAGGAGGUGUGACUGUAGGAAACAUAGGACGGCAACUGGCUAUGGGUGUUCCUGAGAAGCCUCACAGUGACUAAACCUUUGAAGGCAGAACAAACAUCAGUUCUUGAAUCCAAACUAGGAUUUUUCUUCUUCUUGAAUAACCUGAGUGUGCUCCAUGUACACACGACUGGUGAAGAAAAUAUAAUUCACCUGAGACUGGGCAAGAGUUUACCUUGAUUUUUGGCUGUUCUGCAGAAGGAUUCAGUACAGAAGCAAGCCCAGGCUUGGUGGGAGUUCUCCCAAGCGAAAUGUCAUUCAAACAGUGGCCAUAUUUCAAAGCCUUGAAACAAAACUUAAUUAUAAGCUUUGUACAAGUGCCCAAAGAAAGUUGAUUGGUGCUGAAAGGUGGAGUACAUGGAUAGUCUUAAUAGGAAUAGUAUUUAUCCAAAUGUUCUUCAAGAUGGGGUUUCCUUUAAUAUGAAGGUGGUUAGUACAAUCCUUCGGAUGUUGCUGUAUGAAGGAAUAAUUGGCCAUGGGUACAAUCCACUGGGAAGACAUCCUUUCAGGCUCUACUGAAAUCAAGGGGAGAUGUGCAAGGACCUGACCCGUUUUCAGUAAGGCUUGUGCAGGAGUGCUGCUUUGAAGUGCUACGUUGACUUGUGUGAAUUUUUUUUGAGUACCUGAUCUCUUGAAGCUCAAGAAACAAGACACCCAACCUCUAUCUUGUAGACAGAAAAGCAAUACAUCUCAACUGCUCAUCUAGGUGAUUUAUGGUCCUGUACUUCUGUCCUACUAUUGGGAUACACACAGCCAAAAUCAUUUUUUGUUCAGUAAUGUAUGUCACUGCAUCUCAGUUUGGUGGUUCCAUAAGUAUUUUACAGAGAAGCCUGUAUGCAGAAGAGGAGGGCAUUCUGACAUAUCUCCUAUUGAGGUUUCUGAGAAUCUGGCUGUGUUCAGUACCCAAAUGAGAGUUGCCAUGGGAGGGGCAGAACAUGCCAACAGUGUUACUUAAUGCUUCUUGUAAAUGAACCCUUGUUUUACAGUGUAUUUCUGAAGCGAUCACUUUGGGGUUUUGUGUUUUAUUUUGUUUCCUUUUGUUUCUUUUGUAACCCUAUACAACUUGCAAUCUGUGAUUGCCUUAUAAGGAAGAGUGCAUAUGUCACUACUUAAAAAAUCUGGUGUUCUAAAUAGUUUUACGGUGAGCAGAGUAGUCAUUUUAAUAGUAUAGACCACAGUUGACCUAAUUAAGGAAUAUUGGGUCUCAAAAUUUAAAGUGCAAUGUACAGUUGACAGAAAUCUGAGCCUUGUAAUCUCCUCUUUAACAUCGCCAAUGAACAAUGAAUAUUAAAGAGAAGGGUUUUGAACUCAUUUCAAUGCUGCAUGGAGCAAAAAUCAGCAAUAAUUUAACUGGUAAUGCUAGUUUGUACCUUCUACUAAACAUCUUUUAAGGAAAUACUCAAGUCUUGUAGUUACGGUGUACAAGGGUAGAUCCACACAUAGCCUUCGGGACGCCCUGAAGGCGCUUUGGGGCGUCCCGAAAUCGAUGAUGUGUACCCUACCUUAAGCAUCCUAAGAAGAGGCGGUGAAGG